AUGAGGGUCCUCGGCGUUCUCGUGGUCCUCGUCUCCUGCUCCCUCACCCACAGCAGCUUCUGGCAGUUUCAAAGGAUGGUCAAGCACAUCACAGGGCGGAGUGCGUUCUUCUCAUAUUAUGGAUAUGGCUGCUACUGCGGGCUUGGGGGCAAAGGGACCCCCGUGGAUGACACUGACAGGUGCUGCCUGGCCCACGAUUGCUGCUACGAGAAGCUGAAGCAGCUCGGCUGCCAGCCCCUGCUGAACGGCUACCAGUUCCACAUCGUCAACAGCACCAUGGCCUGUGAAUGUGCCCUGGGUUCUGGUGUCGGCUGCCUCUGUGGGCUGGGGGCCUGCGAGUGUGACAAGCGAUCUGCGUACUGCUUCAAAGAGAGCCUGCCCACCUACGGGAAAAACUUCAAGCAGUUCUUCCUGAGCCGGCCCCGGUGUGGCAGACAAAAACUCCGGUGCUAGGGAGGCCAUAGGAUCCUUUUGUCGGCCAGUAGCUGCUGUAGGAUCGCUUCCGAAGCCCUCUCCCAUCAUCCCAACCAGCUCCAGCCCAUGAAGCUCACCCUCUGGCAUUUGGCCGGGUGUACCCUUUUGUCACUCAGUAUCAGAGGGCGUUCUUAUAGAGUGAGACAGGCGUAAGUGUAUACAUAAAUCAGUGACAUGUUCCCAUAGUAGUAAGUGUUAGGAGGCACUAAAACAAGGUGACAGCAUAGAGGGAUGUCCCCAACCCCCAUCCCAGGAAGCUUCUAGGAGGAAGAGGUCCCAGGACCUUCCCUGAACUCUCUUGCUACCCCUACCCCAAAUCAGGCUGCAGGGUGGACUUGGGAGUGGGCCCACAACCCAGAUCUAGCUGUGAGCAAAGCAGACAUCCUGGAGAACAAAGUCUUGGCACACACGCCAUGGACCUGAGGAGCAUCCUUGGAGUUUGUUUCUCACUUGCUCGAGUUCGGCCUUCCAAACACCCUCAGGUAGGAGAAAAUUGACUCCAUUCUCACCU